AUGUUCUCGCAGUCGUCAAGCCUUCUGGGCACUUCAGGCCUCAUCGCCGCCCUAGCCUCUGUCACUUCUGCUGGGGUUUGUGAUCUCUACGCCCAGGGCAACACUCCAUGCGUUGCUGCUCACAGUACUACACGGUGUUUGUACGACUCCUGCAAAGGGCCACUCUACCAAGUGAAGCGAGGAUCCGACAACUCGACAGUUGAUGUCAGCCCUCUGUCACAAGGAGGCAUUGCCAAUGCCGCGACACAAGACAACUUCUGCCAGAAGACGACCUGCUUGAUUUCGAUUAUUUACGAUCAGUCUGGACGCAACAACCACCUUACGCAAGCACCCCCAGGCGGUGCUGCCUCAGGGCCAGCUGAUGGCGGCAAAGACGACCUUGUCCUUGCCACUGGAGCGCCCGUGACGGUGAACGGAACCAAGGCUUACGGAGUUUUCAUCCAGCCUGAUUCUGGAUACCGAAUUGACGUCAGCAAUGGUGUCGCGAAGAACGACGAUCCAGAGGGCAUGUACGCAGUCUUUGACGGCACUCACUUCAACAACCACUGCUGCUUCGACUACGGAAAUGCUGAACCCAGCAACAACGACACUGGAAAUGGACACAUGGAGGCCAUAUAUUUCGGUACCGGUGACAGCAGCGGACGUGGCACUGGCGCAGGGAACGGACCGUGGAUCAUGGCGGACUUGGAGAAUGGCCUCUUCUCUGGAGCCGAUCCUGUCAACAACCAGAAUGACCCCUCCAUCAACUACCGCUUCGUGACUGCCAUCAUCAAGGGCCGACAAAACCAGUGGGCUAUCAAGGGUGGCGAUGCCACCAACGGCGGCCUCUCCACCUACUACAAUGGCUCCCGUCCAAACGCCAACGGCUACAACCCAAUGCACAAGGAAGGCUCCAUCGUUCUAGGCGUGGGAGGCGAUAACAGCAACAACGCUCAGGGCACGUUCUACGAGGGUGUGAUGACCACGGGAUACCCAUCAGACUCCACCGAGAGCAAAGUGCAGGCCAACAUCGUGGCGGCCAAGUACGCAACCACGUCGCUGACUUCCGGACCCGCAGUCAACGUCGGCUCCGCCAUCUCCUUCCGCGUGACGACGCCCGGCUACACGACGCGCUACCUCCAGCAAAGCGGCAACGUCGUCAACACCGCCGUCGUGUCCUCCUCCUCCAGCAGCGACGCCAAGAAGCAGGCCAGCUGGAACGUCCGCACGGGUCUCGGCAACAGCCAGUGCGUGUCGUUCGAAUCCAGGUACCAGCCGGGUAGCUACAUCCGCCAUUCCAGCAGCCGACUCAUGGUCUCGUCGGACGAUGGCUCCAAGCUUAUGCACGAGGACGCUACAUUCUGCCCUCUCGCUGGUCUGAACGGCCAGGGCAACUCGAUCCGCUCGUGGAGUUAUCCUACCCGAUGGUUCCGUCACUACAAUGCCAUGGGCUAUAUCGCGGCCAAUGGUGGGCCGAAUGCGUUCGAUACCACGGCCAACUACAAUGAUGAUGUUAGCUUUGUCGUUGGGAAUAGCUUUGCUUAG